AUGCUACAAUCUCGUCAUCCACCGUCACCCGCCCCACAACGAUUCCCCCGCUCCCAAGGCUACUUGGAUGCAGACGAGAAACGUGCCACCGCUAUCAGCGGAGACAUUCGGAAACACCACUUCCCCGAGGCGCUAAAAAUCAACAAUGUGGAAUGGAACCUUCUUAUUGUCAUAACUCUCCUUGCUUUUGGUAUUCGUUUGUUCCGUCUCUCGCAACCCAACAGUGUUGUCUUCGAUGAAGUUCACUUUGGAAAAUUUGCGUCAAAGUAUAUUAUGACACAAUACUUCGUUGAUGUCCACCCACCCUUAGCCAAGCUCCUUAUUACACUAGUUGCUUUCAUUAGAGGUUAUGACGGAUCGUUUGAUUUUAAGGAGAUUGGAAAAGUGUACCCAGACAAUGUUCCUUAUACAAGCAUGAGGAUGCUCCCGGCCCUGCUAGGCGUCGGUGUCGUACCGCUGGCUUACCUUACGCUUAGACAGCUCAGAUGCGGGGUAACGACAGCACUCGUUGGCUCCCUGUUUAUUCUCUUCGAGAAUGGCUUCAUCACUCAGUCAAGGCACAUUCUUUUGGACUCACCUCUGGUCUUUUUCACUGCCCUUGCCGUCUUUUGCUGGGUCUCAUUUACAAACGAGGACCGUGAACAUAGUCAUGCUUUCACUGAGGAAUGGUGGCUGUGGCUCACACUCACUGGUCUAUCGCUCGGUGCUGUUGUCACUACCAUAAUUCAACUAUGGUACCUACUUGGGGAUCUUCGUGUCACCCCUCGCAUGUUCAUCAAGCAUUUCCUAGCCCGCGCCUUAUGUCUCAUAGUCCUCCCAAUUUUCUUCUACAUGGCAAUGUUUGCCAUUCAUUUCCAAAUCUUGCAAAGUUCGGGGGACGGGGAUGGCUUCAUGAGUGCGCCAUUUCAGCAUACAUUAAGCGGGCGAGGAAUGAGCGAUACAUAUGCUGAUGGCGGCUAUCUCCACUCCCAUGAUCAUGCUUACCCUGGAGGAAGCCACCAGCAGCAGAUUACACUGUAUCCGCAUCAGGACGAGAAUAAUCUCUGGCAGAUAACUCACCCCUACGAAGAGGAGUCUCUUCAGUUCAUCAAGAAUGGGGAUGUUGUUCGUCUGGAGCAUGUUACAACAAAGAAGAGACUUCAUUCACACAGCCUGAGACCUCCUGUAUCCGACGUUGAUUUCCAGAACGAGGUUUCUGGUUACGGAUUCGCUGGCUUCAGUGGCGACGCUAAUGACAAUUGGGCAGUGGAGAUCGAGUACGGUGACGGGAGAGAUCGCGAGUCUGGAACGCGGUUGCGCUCCUUGCACACUACGUUCAGGCUGCGUCAUGUUCUAACCGGCUGCUAUCUAUUCUCUCAUAAAGUGAGGCUCCCUGAGUGGGGAUUCGAACAACAAGAGGUGACCUGUAACACGAACGCGGUGAAACCCAAUUCGUUGUGGUUCAUUGAAACGAGCACCCACCCACAGUGCGAACUACGAAUCCCCGGGUUCUUUGCCAAGUUUUGGGAGCUGCAGCAAGUUAUGUGGACGACGAAUGCCGGACUGACUGACAAGCACGUGUACGAUUCUCGCCCAUAUUCUUGGCCAUUCCUUCAGCGAGGGAUUAACUUUUGGGUCAAGGACCACCGCCACAUCUACCUCCUUGGCAAUCCAUUUGUUUGGUGGCUCAGCACUUCGUCGGUGGCCGUUUACGCUGUGGCCCGUGUCGUCCUUGUCCUUCGCCAGAAACGUGGAUUUCAGGAUUUCACAAAUAGUCGAAUUAAUAAAUACGACUCAUUGUGCGGCUUCCUUGCCAUAGGAUGGGCAUUGCAUUAUCUCCCCUUCUAUUUGAUGCAACGCCAGCUUUUUCUGCAUCAUUAUUUCCCGUCUCUAUACUUUGCUAUCAUGCUCACCGCUGCUCUUUUCGAUUUCUUUUUUGGCACAUUACGAUCACGAGUUCGUUUGCAAGUGGGACUCGUCCUCAUCCUACUAGUAAUGUAUAAUUUCUUCCACUUCAGUUCGCUUAUAUACGGGAACGUGUGGACAAGGGGACAAUGCGAAUCAGCGAAAUGGAUCAAAGACUGGGACUUCUCAUGGUGA